AUGCAGGUGAAGUUGAAGAAAAACAAGUAUAAUCUGUCAGAUGAGGACGAGGAGGACUUCAAUAUAGGUGCCUCAUUGGGAAGGGAUGAUUUUGAUGAAGAAGUCCCAUUUGACGAGGAUGAGGAGGAUUAUGGGAGUAAUGAUAAGUCAGCUAUCUUGGGACACCUUGACUCUCAUGGAUCUCAGAAUGCCCUAGCAGUUCCAGUGGAAGCAGAGGAAAAUAGGCAGAAAACCAAGAAAGAAGUGAUGGAAGAAAUUAUUCAAAAGAGUAAAUUCUUUAAGGCCCAAAAAGCAAAGGACAGAGAAGAAAAUGAUGAAUUAACUGAACAAUUGGACAAAGACUUUACAUCGCUAGUGGAGUCGAAAGCCUUACUGUCACUGACCCAACCAGACAAGAUAAAUGCUCUGAAGGCUCUUGUGAACAAGAACAUUUCAGUUGGUAAUGUGAAGAAAGAUGAGGUAGCUGAUGUUCCCAGAAAAGCAUCUAUUGGGAAGGAAAAGCCUGACACUUAUGAGAUGCUUGUUAGUGAGAUGGCACUGGAUAUGCGUGCUCGCCCAUCAGACCGGACAAAGACUCCUGAGGAAAUUGCGCAGGAGGAGAAAGAACGGCUGGAAUUGUUGGAGCAAGAACGUCAGAAGAGAAUGGCUGCUGCUGAUGAUGAGAGUGAUGAAGAUGGAAAUGCAUCUGAUGAUAACAGUAAAUUGGUUAAAGACCCAAGAACUGUAUCUGGCGAUGAUCUUGGGGACGAUCUUGAGGAGGUGCCUAGAACUAAGUUGGGUUGGAUUGGCGAAAUUUUGAGAAGGAAAGAAAGUGAACUUGAGAGUGAAGAUGCUGCUUCUACUGGGGAUUCCGAUGGUGAGGAGGACGAUGGUGAGGAUGAAGAAAGUGACGAUGGGGAAGAUGAAGGAAAAAAUGAUGGGGAAGAUGAAGGAAGCGACGAGUAUGAUGAAGAGCAAGGAAAGACACAGACUAUUAAGGACUGGGAGCAAAGUGACGAUGAUAUUAUUGAUACUGAGCUAGAGGAUGAUGACGAAGGUUUUGGUGAUGAUGCUAAAAAGGUGGUGAAAAUAAAGGACCAUAAGGAGGUACCCAUCAAGGGGAAACAAGUUGGCACUUUACAAACCGAAAAAGAAAAAGUGACGGUGAAGCAUCGACAAAACGAACUUCCCUUUACGAUUGAAGCCCCCAAAACCCUUGAGGAGUUUACUUCAUUGAUAGACAAUUGUUCUGAUGAUCAAGUUAUUGAAGCAAUUAGGAGAAUUCGUGCAUUCAAUGCAAUAACUGUCGCAGCAGAGAAUAAAAAGAAAAUGCAAGUUUUUUACGGGGUAUUGCUGCAAUAUUUCGCUGUGUUGGCAAAUAAGAAGCCAUUGAAUUUCAAGCUUUUAAAUUUGCUUGUAAAGCCGCUGAUGGAGAUGAGUGCAGCGACUCCAUACUUUGCAGCUAUAUGUGCUCGCCAAAGGCUACAAAGGACAAGGGCACAAUUUUGUGAAGAUCUUAAGAAUACAGGAAAAAGCAGUUGGCCAUCUUUGAAGACCAUCUUUCUGUUGAGGCUUUGGUCCAUGAUAUUUCCAUGCUCUGAUUUUCGCCAUUGUGUCAUGACUCCUGCUAUACUACUGCUGUGUGAAUACCUUAUGCGGUGUCCCAUCAUUUGUGGAAGAGAUAUUGCAAUUGCUUCCUUCUUGUGCUCUUUGCUGCUAAGUGUAACUAAACAAUCUCAGAAGUUCUGUCCUGAGGCUAUAGUAUUUAUUCAAACUUUGCUGAUGGCGGCUUUAGACAGAAAGCAGCGGUCUAAUUCCCAGUUGGAUAACCUUAUGGAGAUCAAAGAACUUGGGCCUUUGCUUUGUAUACGCAGUAGCAAAGUGGACAUGGAUUCUUUAGAUUUUCUUACGCUGAUGGACUUACCAGAGGACUCUCAGUAUUUCCACUCUGAUAACUACAGGGCCAGCAUGCUUGUAACAGUUCUGGAAACCCUGCAAGGAUUUGUAAAUGUGUAUAAGGAACUUAUUUCUUUUCCUGAGAUUUUCAUGCCAAUUUCAAAAUUAUUAUGCAAAUUGGCUGGAGAAAAUCAUAUUCCAGAUGCAUUAAGGGAGAAGAUCGAGGAUGUUUCCCAAUUAAUUGAUACGAAGGCUCAGGAACAUCACAUGCUGCGUCAACCUCUGAAAAUGCGGAAGAAAAAACCUGUGCCCAUCAGGAUGCUUAAUCCGAAAUUUGAGGAGAACUUUGUCAAGGGUAGAGAUUAUGAUCCAGAUCGCGAGCGUGCUGAAAUGAAAAAGUUGAAGAAACGACUGAAACAGGAAGCUAAAGGUGCUGCGCGUGAACUGGUCAAGGAUAAUAGGUUCUUGGCCGAGGCGAAGGAAAGAGAAAAGGCCCUACUAGCCGCAGAAAAGGCUGAGAAACAUGGGAAAAAUCUUGCUUUUCUGCAAGAACAAGAGCAUGCAUUUAAAUCAGGGCAAUUGGGUAAGGGCCGGAAGAGAAGAAGAUGAAAUUAGCUUUUGGGUUGUCACUUGGAAAAUCUUUUUGUCAAAUGCUUCCUGGUUUUUGGGCAAGGAAGAAUGCAGAAUGUUGGAAGUACAGAGGGAUCGAACGAACUAUUGUGUGCUCUAAAUGCUGGAUUCAUGUGGUUACAACAUGCGCCUUCUCUCUUUCCCUCCAACUGUGCCAUAGUGAUGCCACUGAAAUUGGUUGCUGUAUUUGGAGGCUCGAGCUGUGUAGUGGAAGAGCUCUCCAAUUUUGUUUUGUCUUAUAGCUGAAUAUCAGUUUUGUCCAACUCUAUAGGCGAAUACAAUGUUGAGUUGUAAGAAGGGAUAACUAUGUUCCUCGGACUGAUGCGCGUUGUUACUUGUUUCAUGUUGUAUUUGUCAUUUACAUCUAACAGAAGAAAGUAUCAGUUCAUUGUGUUAAAACCAUUUUUGUUAUUGUCCAA